UCUCCUUUCGAACAUGGAUGAUGAAUGUGUUACAAAUUUAUCUACCUUCAACAUUGGAAAGACUUCAAAUCAUAACAACACCCGAACUAAUUUUCCCAAGUGAUAAUACAUAUUCAUCAGUUUAUGUAUAUUUCACAACAGGAAAAGAAUUAUUACCAAAUUUCAUUUGAACACAGAAAUCAUUACAAGAUGGCAGAGAAAAUGAAAGCUCCAAGUGUUGACAGACCAGAAUUAGCUAAACAUGACAGUGCUAUAUUAGAUUUAGCUUUCGCUAUGGACUGUACAGGAAGUAUGGGGUCUUAUAUCAAAACAGCCCAGCAAAAUAUCCGUGAAAUAGUUGAGACGAUCGUAGCUUCAGAGAAAAGUAACGUACACUUAGCUUUAGUGGAAUACAGAGAUCAUCCUCCACAAGAUGCUUCAUUUGUUACACGAACACACGAUUUCACGUCUUCAGUUUCACAAAUGAAAACUUGGUUGGAUGAAUGUAGUGCACAGGGAGGAGGAGACUGUCCAGAGGCGGUCGCGGAUGCACUCCAUGAUGUGUCGAAACUCAGUUGGAGAGAAGAAGCCACUAAAAUUUGUGUGUUAGUAUCUGAUGCCCCUCCUCAUGGACUGUCCCCAGGCGGUGAUUCUUUUCCAGAGGGGUGUCCAGCAGGGUUAGACCCUAUUGAUAUCACAAGGACAUUGGCUGAAAAGGGAAUUACAUUGUACACUGUUGGAUGUGAACCAGCAAUUCUGUCUUAUAGGGACUUUUUCAUGGCAUUAGCUUACAUGACAGGAGGCCAGUACACGCCUCUUGGUGGUGCGAAACUUUUGACAAAAAUUAUAAUUGGAGGAGCUCAAGAAGAAAUGUCGCUUCAACAAUGGAUGGCCGAUGUUGACGUGGAGGUUCAAAGUCGUAUAGCAUCCGGACGAGAAAUAGACGACGAGGCUUUAACAAGAGACUUGCAUGCAAAACUUGCUUCUAAAGGUGCCAGAUCCAAACAGUUAGUGAGAAACAAUGCCGAACUUGCUGGAAUUUCAUCAAAAGCAAAGGCUAUGUCUUCACAGAUGGACAUGAAAGCUGCUAGAUCAGUCUUCAAAAGUUCAAUGGUUGAAACAGAGCCCGUUAUGGACGAAGCAAGAUGUUCCGACAUGUACGAGGCUGUAGAAUCCGAGACCUCCCACUAUCAGGUUAAUCGAAUGCUACAGAAAUCUAAGGCACGUAACUUUUACAAAAAGUGAACUUUUACUGAACUUUGCGGGUAUCUAGUUAUUACAGUUGACGUUAUUUAGGUAAACUAUUAUAUAAACAUGUAAAUUAUAUUUAAUGUUAUCUAAAAAUUGAUAUAUUUUGGUAAUUCAUACGACAUUCACAUUUUAUAUCCAGAUAUUUCAAAUUGCACAAAAUCAAUAUAGUAAUGUGACCCUUCUUUGUUAUAUAGAUAUAGGAAGAUGUGGUAUGAGUGCCAAUGAGACAACUCUCCAUCCUAGUCACAAUUUGUAAAAGUAAACCAUUAUAGGUCAAAGUACGGCCUUCAACACGGAGCCAUGUUGAAGGCUGUACUUUUUAUUUAUAUUUAUGCAUGCAUAUUUAUAGUUUCUUCUGCAAUACUUUAAAUUGUUACGCGGUCUCUUUCGUUAAAAAGCACUAUCACAGUUUUCAUUUUACUCUCAUAGUUGUAUCAUAAUGCACUUUCUGUUAUACAUUGUACUUCUGUAAAUAUCUACAAUUCAACAGUUUCACUUCGAUCAUCACUGUGGUCAUCGUUUAUUUUUUUGAUGUUUUAAUUAAAGUAGGUUGUUUUCAUCGUUGUUAAUAUUGUUUUUCGUUGUUACAGGUUGUAAAAUCUUAUAUUUAGAAAAUAUUCUUGCUUGCUGUAAUAAAUGGUUGUCAUAGGUCAAACGAAAUAUGAAAAACAUGUAUUUGUUAUUUUACAUACAUCGAACGCCUUUAGAGUGUAAAUGUAUAGUCAAUAUUGUUUUUCAAAAACGUUAUUAAAUUUAGUAUUGUAUUGUU